AUGGACUCGCCGCCAAAACGCAGGAAGACUGGCGAGAAGACUGGCCUCGCUGUUAGUGCGUCGCAGUCGCUUGCGACUCGCGAAGGGACGCGUUCUUCAAAUCGUCCAUCGUUUCAAUCACCAACAAGAUCAAGCCUAGCCAGAUCAUACCCCGAAGUUCUCGAACGCGCACUCAGCAGAUCUCCUCCUCAGCGACCAACAAGUAGCGGAAGUCAACGGGGUCGGUCAGAGCAGCCGGACCCAAAGGCUGUCGGACUUCGCGACCGCAAAGCUCUUCGACCUUCACUAGGUCCUUCAAGCCCACUCAAAGCGCCUCGAGCUUCUGUUGCUGCGCCCACGCUGUCUCCCAGCAGACGCGCAAGUGGAAUUGAGGCAUUUUCGAAGCCUGCUCGCCGACUGUCCAAAAAGAUACUUCCUGGGGACUUCACAUUUGGGUCCCCAGUCAGAAGAGAGUUGCCGCCACCGGAGCAGGAUACGCCCGAGAGCCAAUUGGCGCGAGAAUUGGGCAGCGCGACAAACGAACGAGAGGUUGAAGAAGAGACGGGCAUCGAUAUAGGCAAUGCUUUUGAUGACGAGGACCCUCUCGAACCUGAACUUCCCCCGACCCCGACACAGCUAGGCCUCGAGAAGGCACCCGACAGACCGAUGGGGCCAUUGAGCAGCAGUCCUACUACCAGACAUGAGAAAAGGAAGAAGCGACGGACGGUCGAGCAUUUCCACUCAAGUCCUUUGAAGUCAUUGAAAUUUCAAAAUCCUAGCACUGAGGAGAGCACCGAUGACGAUAGUAUUGCCCCAGACGAACUGACACCGGCGAUUCUCGAGAAGCAGAAGCUGCGCAAGAGUCUUGCCGCGCAACUCAGGAGCCUCAAGGAUGACGUGAAGGAAUUGAUCAAGUGGACUGGGAAGGUCGAAUCUGACGCGAAUCUGAUGGGCAACACCAAGGAGCUCGGCAAAUUCCUGGCCCUUCUCGCCGAGGAGUCCUCGCAUAUCAAUCUUCCAGCACCGAAACAAACUCCAGUUCCUGUGUCAUCCCUUCUCUCGACAUUACUUCCAUUCGCUGCCAAUAUCCCCCGCCAGACCCGUGAAAUCUCGCCUUUACCGACCAAUCCAUUUGCGUUAAAGGAAUCUUCGCAGUCGCCGCCAUACCUCACAGCCUUCGCUCCAUUAGCUCUUCGAGCCCACACAACUUGCACAUCGUCCGAAACGACCGGCUUCACCGAGACUCAUACACUAUCAUUCACAGCCCCAUCUCCCUUCCCAUCAUCUUUGUUUAACGUUUCCGUCGUAUACGAAACCCACCCGGAGACACAUUCCCUGACAUCCUUGUCCGUGCCAACAGGCAAUGAGAGCAAGAAGCGCAAAGUCCCCGAGUGUCUGCGUCAAUGGAUUGAUUCUCGACUAGCCAAUCCACUUCUCAAACUCGACGUGGCAACGCUAUGCUGGGGCAUCAACAGGUACUGGGAAGCAUCAGUAUCUCGCGCCCAAUUAUGGGCCCAGAUCGAGCAUAAGCAUGGCACAGAAAUAUCAGCCCGCGGACGGAAAGACCUAGGUGAACCCCAAGAUGGAGUCAUCACGGCUUCUGAACUCCGACGACUAGCCCCUCACCUCGAGCGCAGCACCAUGGUCAUCAAGUCCAAAUCCUCCGACGUCGGUACCCAUGUACUUCUCUCAAACACAUUGGUCAUGGAUGAUUGGACCGGCGAGCCUCAGCUACGACCAGAGCUCAGUGUCUCAGUUUCAGAUGGCAACGGCGGGUCUAGUAAAAGGAUCAAUAAUGAGGCUAAGAAAUUGUUCCAUGGACUGUUACAUCAGGGGGGGUGUUAG